AUGCUCAUCUUUCAGCAACACACUAGUAAGAAUCAGAAACAGGUUUAUGAGUACGAGAAAGUAUUGCAGAGUGGCAGGCAGGGGACUGCACCCAGUCAUGGCGGACCACAGAAACAAGAUCCGACGAGCCACACAGCAGGAGAGGAAGGUGAGAGCAUCUACCAUUUUGAAAUUCAACUCCUCUUAUUGUUCAUUGAAAGAGUUUGGCGGAACAAAAUAGUGACAGUAAACAAGAUACGCCUUUGCAUUCAAGCUUUGAAUGCAAAAAGGGACCAGGAGGAACAAAAAGGAAGUGUCACUUUAAAUUAAAGGCAUUAGUUGGAUGAAAGCAGACAGACAGUCUGCUUAUACUUAAAAAUGUAGUCAGAUGCUGCUCAGGUCAAAUUUAGUUUCAAUUGGUGAGAUCAAAGAAUUUCAGCUGAACUUUGCUUAAAAGGAAGAUGGAAGAUUUUACAUAAUAUAUGAUGGAACAGCUGGAAAUAGAAAAAAAAAUGUCUGAAUGUUUUUUUGGUGUAAAAAAAAUCAGGAUCUAUAAUUUACAAAUUUGCAAGUAGUUAUACAGAUGUGGCCUCAAUAAAAUAGAGCUCCAAAUCCCAUCAAUCAGAACAUCUGAGGAAAAGAUGCGUUCAGGGACAAUCAUGGAGGAGCUUUGAGGCCAGGCUUGUUGAAAUCAAAGGCCUGAGAGCUGAAAUUUUUUUUGCAGGCUAUCUGUAUCAUUCUGAGAAAAAUAAAUGUGGUCAGUUAAUCUGCAGCUUGGGAAAGGACAACAGCCAAUGCAGCAUGUUCAAGCUGCCCCCCUACUGGGCGGCCCAUGAGCCUGUCGAUAUAGUGGUUUGAUGUUGGAUGGAAAAUAAGAACCCCCCACAACAAACAGAGGGCUGGAACAGAGAGACUGGAACAGAGAAAGAGAGGGUAGAAAGGGAAGAACCAUCGACAGAUGGACUCUGUUGUGAUUAAAGAUGGCGGCAGUCGUCACUGCAGACUACGAAGGACUAUACUCGCUCCAUAGAAAAGCGGUGGGAGUAGUCUGCGAUUCAACACAACAAAACCGAGAACCACACAGUAAGGUAAACCACCAGAAGCAAAUGGAUGGCAAAGACAAACUAUUGUGGCAACAUUCUGCUUUGGCCAGGCCUUCUCACGUCAAGGUGAUGAGAGGGAUGUUACCAUUACUGCAGCCCGUGUUUAAUAACCAUGCAAUGGAAUCUUCCAUAAAUGGAUGUACUGCUGGAGGAUGUGUGAGGAAGACGAUCAAACUCAAGGAGUUUUUUAGCAGUGGCAUAAGUAGAGGUCUGGAUCUAAUAGUUGUGCAGUGCGGGCUCUACAGGGACGUGGUUUAUGGAUGCUGGGACUAUGAGCAUAAGCGACAAAAGGGCCUACUUAGCAGACCUGGGAGGCAGCUUCACUGAGGAUGCUCCCAGACCUCCAGUACCAGGGGAAGAAGGUGAGCUGGUGUGCACUGAUGGACGCCAGUACUGCAACCUCAGCUUCUCCUCAAAGAAUGAGAGCCUCAAAUGUGAGGCGUCUGUGGCUACACCCAGGCGACCUGACUUGGACCUGGGUUAUGAGCCGGAGGGAAGUGCUUCCCCUACACCACCCUACGUAAAGUGGGCAGAAUCUCUUCACUCCCUCCUGGAUGACCAAGAUGGCAUCCAUCUGUUUAGGACGUUCCUCAAGCAGGAGGAGUGUGCAGAUAUGUUGGACUUCUGGUUUGCAUGCAGUGGCUUCCGCAAACUUGAAGCUAAUGAGGGUAAUGAGGAGAAGAAAGUAAAACUGGCUAAAGCUAUCUACAAGAAAUACAUCCUGGACAACAAUGGGAUUGUUUCCAGACAGAUCAAACCAGCUACCAAGUCCUUCAUCAAAGACUGCGUCAUGAAGCUUCACAUUGAUCCUGCUAUGUUCGACCAGGCUCAGACUGAGAUACAGACUAUGAUGGAGGAAAACACCUAUCCUUUAUUUCUUAAGUCUGACAUAUAUUUGGAAUAUACACAGACAGGAGGAGAGAGUCCUAAACUGUACAGCGAUCAGAGCUGUGUUUCUGGGAAUGUCAAGGGGCUGUCUGGUUAUUUACCGACUUUAAACGAAGAUGAGGAAUGGAGAUGUGACCACGAGCCAGAGGAGCAGCCCGAGUGUGACCCCACAGCGAGCAACCGGCUUACUCAGAAGCUGCUGAUGGAGACAGCACCACAGCGUGUUGCCAACAGCGCGAGAUUCCAGGACAGUCACGAGUACAGGCAUGCACCAUGUCGGGAGCCCAUCAACCCGUACUAUGUCAACACUGGUUAUGCUAUGGCUCCUGCCACCAGCGCCAACGAUAGUGAGCAGCAGAGUAUGUCCAGCGACGCAGACACAAUUUCCCUUACCGACAGCAGUGUAGAUGGGGUUCCACCCUAUAGAUACCGCAAACAGCAUCGCCGGGAGAUGCACGAAAGUGCCAAAGCAAAUGGGCGAGUGCCACUACCUCAUAUUCCACGCACAAACCGGAUUCCAAAGGAUAUACAUGUGGAGCCGGAAAGGUUUGCUGCAGAGCUGAUCAGCAGACUGGAGGGCGUACUAAGGGAGAGAGAGGCUCAAGAGAAACUAGAGGAGCGACUGAAGAGAGUACGAUUGGAAGAGGAAGGUGAUGAAGUCAUGUCCACAGCAACAGCAUUAUCCAGUCACAAGUUCCCCCCUGGUGCUUAUCUGCAGAAUUACAACUCCCGCUAUGCUGACACCACCUACAGCGGUCCUUUAAUGAGAGAUGCUCAUGAGGAGAACCCUGAGAGCAUCCUGGAUGACCACGUACAGAGGGUCAUGAAGACUCCCGGCUGCCAGUCACCUGGUACAGGCCGUCACUCUCCCAAGUCACGCUCCCCUGACGGUUUCCCAGGGGGCAAAGGGAUGGGACUUGGAAUGGUGCUGUCCUCAGGCCAGGGUAAACAUCCAUCCAGGCAUGGUCUCAAGGGAGACACCAGCCACAUGUACCACCACAAACACCUGCACCACAUCCACCAUACUGGCGUCGGGAAGUCCAAAGAGCAGGUGGAGGCUGAAGCAGCCAUGCGUGUGCACGGCAGCUUUCCCUGGAGCAUGGAGACGAGUCAUUAUGGAUCAAAGUCUCGCAGCUACGCAGAAGGCAUGGGAUCCAACCCUAUGGAGCAUACAGGGUAUAGUAGCAAAGGCGGCACACAGUGUAAAAGAGCGUUCAAGAAAAGUGAGGAAGUGCGGCCUUAUGACAUGCCAGGGCCUGCAGAGGAGAUGGAGAAAAACCAGAAGAUCCUUUUGUGGCUGAUGGAAGGACAGAAAGAAAUGGUUCAACAUAAGAGGAGCCCAUACGGGAGUACUACUGGAUCCAAGAGGACCACAGGCCAUGAAGGAUCCCGUCUCAGCUCAGUGGAGCGAUCAGGGUCGGUGCAUCCUUGCGUCAGCGCCCAACUGCGGAACAAUGUGCAGCCAUCUCACCCUUUCGUCCAGGAUCCCACCAUGCCGCCCAACCCAGCUCCCAGCCCCCUCAUCCAGCUGGAGGAGGUGCGCCGGCGGCUUGAGGAGGAGAAGAUUAAGUCUGGAACUUUACAACCCAAGCAAAGGUAUGUGAUGGAGGUGAUCCAGAGAGGUCGCACCGCAAUCAGGCCUGCACUGUUCCCUCCGCUCAGCGUGGUGCCCGCCGUUUCUGACAAUGAGCUCUCCGAGCCCGAACAUAAAGCCACUAAAAAGCAGCCAUGUGAAAACAUUACUGUGGCAUAUUACUUCUGUGAGGAGCUGAUACCGUACAGGACGUCUGUCAAAGGGAGGGUCGUCACACUGGGCCAGUUCAAAGAACUGCUAACAAAGAAAGGAAAUUACAGGUAUUAUUUCAAGAAGGUAAGCGAUGAGUUUGACUGUGGUGUGGUGUUUGAAGAGAUACGUGAAGAUGACGCUAUCUUGCCCAUCUUUGAGGAGAAGAUAAUCGGAAAAGUUGAAAAAAUUGAUUGAAGUGUGUAUGUUCAAGAGGAAGGAGUCAGAAAGCCAGCGUAUGAUGGACCAAGGAGCGACUUGAUGGAGAAGAGGAACUGUUUUAGGAUUGAGACUGGAGGAGCAGAGAAUAAAGUGAUACAGUGGAAGUGGAUCUAGAGGUGAAGAGCAAAGCAGCGGCCACAGAGGAUGACUUGUGACUUUUGAGGCUCUGUAGCACCACUGCAGUGACGUUGGACUAGAAGAGAAAAGACCUCAUUCACUUCUUUGGAGUGUAAUGUAGCAUUGUAAAGUUUACUAGAUAAAUGAAGAGCAAAAGUGCUACUAAAGCUACAUAUUUUUGAUAAGAUGUAUCAGAGGGUGUCCUUUCUAAAGUAACCACACUUGGAAUUUUUAUAUGUAUUGGUACCAGAUGUGUACAGUUUGUGUUAAAAGAUAACAAAAUUUUAUAUCUAUUUAAGUAUUUAAAAUGCUUAUUUUCAAUCCUAUUGAAGCAGGAGUGUUGCCGCUGUUGAAGACGAUCAAAAUUCUUUAUAGGGCUGAUUUUUUUUUUUUUUUUUUUUUCAUUCAAUGUAAACCUUCUGGGUUCUAAUGUUUCUGCUCUUAGUGCUAUUAAUACUGUACUUACCAGUACUUUAUUUUGUGGCAUUCAGUCAGGCUGCACUUUCAUUGUAUUAUAUACCACUGACUAUGUCUCAACGUAGGCUGCAACAUGAAUUUCUACAGCACCAAACAUGAGUGACCAGAAAAAUCUAAACCCCUGAAGAGUCAACAGCCCAGUGUCUUAAAAUAGUACUUUUAAGAUCAUGGUGAUUUAUGGUCAUUUUUGAGACUCAAAUUUUGUGGUGGUUGUAAUGGAUUAAAAAUACAACAUAUAAGAAACACUAAUGCAAUCCAAUACAUCACCACAAACUCAACUUUAAAAAAUGAACAUAGGAAAUGACCAUGGAGUCAGUUCCUCACUCACACAGUCUCAACAUGAAUUGAACAUCAUAAGAUUAACAAAGUUAUUAUUUAUUGUAGGGCUGUUUUGGGUUGCGUUACUGCAUAUUGUACAGGUUGUUAGAUUUUGCUGGUCAUUUGGUGUAUGCUGCAUGUAAAUGCAGCCGAUGGCUAUGUUUAUGUACAGUCUUGCAUUGCAUUAGUUCUUACCCAACCCAGUUGGAAGUUUUAAGAAAAUUGCCUUGGAAUAACAGUAGAUGCAAUAAUACUGUAAAAAAAAAAAAAAAAAAAGAAAAAAAAAAAAGAUUGGCUUGGAAAUCACAAGUUGAAUAUCUAUGCAAGUUGGUUCAUAAUUGUGUUGCCCUAAUCCAAAAACUACAUCUGGCAUUUAUUAACCUAAAUAAGUAACAUUAGAAACAUUUUCAAAAUAAUUUGCUACACAUAAGAACAAUCAGUCUAUUAAAAGCCUGUUUAAAAAAACAUCUCUUAAUUUAGGUGUUUGUUUAGAUGGUAUUGAAGUCAAUUCAUCAGGCUGAAAUUUCAGUUGGGUUAAGGCCGCCAGGGCUUCUCUAAAGGUUUUUUUCCAAUUCUGAUGAUUAAUCUGAGUGUGGAUGAGUAAUUUGACCUUUUUUAAAAUAGUCAGUGCCAAUGAAAUUACUCUUAAGAGGCCGGUUUGCCAAUUUUCUUUUAAUUAUUUGUAGUUUAACACUGAAUGACACUGUUUGGGGUUCAUAUUCAUUCCGAAUUUAAAGUCAAGUACUGCCUUCAGCAUUAGAGGUUAGUGUUGUUAAUGCGACAGAAGAGCAGCUUUUCUACUUGUAGACUUGCACACUCAUGUUCAUGCUUGCAGUGCAGAGAGGCCCUUCAACCUGUUUAUCAGAGGUCAUAUCGCAGCAUUUGAAUGAGAAGGCCAGUGAAUGUCAUUAGAAUACUAUCAACAGUUGAUGUUUGUGCAAUGAAGAUCACAUAAAGGCAUAUUUAAACAUACUGUAAGUGCUUUACCAUUUAACAGCCAGUGUAGAGGAGAGUUCAGCACAUUCAGAUUUCUCUGAAGUUCUGUAAUCACGUAGAGUUCCUCCACAGGAGCUGAUGAGGGCUAACAGACACUGAAAUGUUGCAAUUAUGUUUACAUCAAGUUGGUUUUUUUUACAGCUUUGAGGUCCGUACAUGUUAAUUUCUGUGAUCCCCAAGACUUACCAUCUUAAACUUUUAAUCACUGCUUAGUAGAUCGAUCAGUUAAGAAGGGGCUGCACUAAGAGCUGAUAUCUAAUCUGUAGCCGUCUCUAGCUUAUUACAGCUACAUCUCGCGCCUAGCAGGAAUGACUUGUUUAGUGCAAAUGAUCUACUUUUGAUAGAUCACGUUACACCAAAGAGAAAAAAGUACAUGGUAGGUACUGUAGGCACACUCUGGAAUAACCCUUUCACAUUGAUAUUUCUCUUCAUUUUGUGGCAGCACUUAUUAUUUGGUAUCCUUGUUAUACAUUUUUUUUAUGUUAAAACAUUGAAGCUCUUGCAUGAAAGGCCAGAAAGUUUUUUUUGCAGUGUACAAGGUGUAUAUGACUGCAGUUUUCUGAUGCGUCUUGUUAUGAACAUCAGCUUUGAAAACAUCGAACAUCAGACAUUCGAAUGGAACACUUCAUGAAGCUUGCAGGGCAUUUAGAUCUUAUUAUUGCAACACUGAAAAAAUGUCUAAGCCGAUUUAUAUUUCCUGUCCCCUCUAAUUGGCAAUGUAAAUGACUCUUUUGCACUGGAAUAGCACAAACUGAUAUGAAACUAGAAAACAUUGCAUAUAGUCAGUGGGGGAAGCUACAUGACAUUAAGUUUCAAGGCCACCACGUUUGUUUGUUUGUUUUUUCUGUGAUUGUGCUGAGUCCAUAGUGAGGAAUGUGCUUUAAUAAGACUUUUUUGUUAUGGAGUAAUACACAGAAAGAAAAGUGGACCUUGAAACCAGAGUGCUGUAUCAUAUAGGUCGUUGCAUAGAAACCCAGUGUAAGGAAUAUCUCCUUUUUUGAGAUGCUGCCUUUUUUUAGAUUCCUAACUUAAAGGGACAGAACAAACAAAAUCAAAAAUAAAUAUGUUUUCUCUUACCUUUAGUGCUAUUUAUUUAUCUAGAUUGUUUUGGUGUGAGUUUCCGAGUUUUGGAGAUUUCAGCGCUUUGAGCACCACAAGCUGAGUUCCGUAUAGUCCCAUUAUAUUCCAAAAAUGCAGACAUCUCUACUGCUCUCUACUGCAAUCUCCAAAACUCAGCAACUCACACCAAAACAAUCUAGAUAGAUAAAAGCACUACAGGUAAGAGGAAAAAUAUGUAUUUUUGAUUUGAGGGUGAACUGUCCUUUUAAAUCAGUUCACGUUAAAUACAUUUACUUCAUUUGCCUCCAGUGGUCCUUCGUUAAAUUUUACAUUUUUGAGUACAUGAUCAAGUUAAAUACCAUAUGUGUUAUCUUGAUUUUCAUUGUUUAUUUCUUUUGAAAUAUAUCAAAUCUGUUAUGAUUUUUUUUUCUGUGAAAGCCCCAAAAGUAAACUUCCAUUAUUUAAGAUCAAUGAAAUGUAUAUAAUAAACAUCAGAGUGCCUUUAUUACUAUGCUUAUGAUGUCUGCAGUGUGACUUUCAGACAGAUGUGGGGACAUAAAUACCAGGGACUAGCUUUAUUUUAAAAAAUUUUUUGUUUUGAUUUUCAAGGUCUUGUUUAAUGUUUGUCACUAUUCCACCUUUUCUAUGUAAAUAUGUACAACUUAAAUUGUCAUCAACCAGCAGCCGAGUCAGCACAUUCAGUACCCUGGACCUGUUUCUGUUCACUAACUAGCAUGGUUACCAUUUAAAGGUACCUGGACAAUAAAUACAUGCAAUAAACCAG